AUGCCAAUCCCCUGGCCACCCACAUCCAUUCCCAAUGAAUUCGGCAUCGCCACCCUCUCCCUCGGGAGCUGGAGACAUCAUAAACUGCAGCCUCGUCUAGAAGAAGCGGCGAAGGCGGGAUACAAAUGGAUUGAUCUAUUCGACGAAUGCUGGGCAGCGUAUCUCGAGGAACAUCACUUACCGGGGGACCAAUUAUGGGAGCCAACGGAGGAUAACCUACGUGUUGCGCGGAAACUAGGUGAUCUGGUAAAAUCCCUGGGAAUGCGGAUCGCGUGCACACAGCCACUUCGAAAGAUCGAGGGGAUCAAGGAUCCAGUCGAGCGACGAGCAUCCCUGGACUUAGUAGCGAAGCGGUUCCCAUUCAUGCGCGCGUUCGACACCGACCUGGUAUUUAUGUGCGCCAAUAUCCGGACGGACGAUGGCGUGACCUCUGAUUUGAAGACGGUGGCAUGCGACUUGGCAGAGUUGGGAGAUAUAGCGCGGGCCUUCGCCGAAGCAGAUGGGGGCCCGAUGCUCCGGAUUGGCUAUGAGGGGCUCUCAUGGGCGACGCGGAAUACAUGGGCGUCGACCUGGGAGGUAGUGCGGAUGGCGAACCGCGAGAAUGUUGGGCUUAUAGUCGACGCGUUUAAUGUGCUGGCGGUGGAGUUUGCCGACCCGUAUAACCCCGCCGGUCAUGGACGGCUGUAUUCGACGCCCGAAGAAUCGGUCGACGUACUUUGUGCAUCUUUGGCCGGGCUGGUCGCGUCUGUUCCCGGAGACCGUAUCUUUUUCUUCCAGGUCGGUGAUGCCGAGCGAAUGGACCCGAAGAUAUUCCGACCACCUACUGAUCCGGAGGUGCCGGCUUUGCUGCCCUGGUCGAGGGGUCACCGGUUGUUUCCGUAUGAACCCCAGCGAGGGGGGUAUAUGCCGGUUGAUUUGGUCGCUGCGGCGGUGGUUGCGACAGGGUAUCAGGGUCCUAUGUCGCUGGAGGUGUUUAAUAGUUCCCUGAAUCGCCCGGAUGCGGGUGUGCCGUCGGCCCAUGCUCGUCGGGGAUUUACUGGCCUUCGGAAAUUGGCCGAUGCUGUUCCCCAGGUGCCGGCAUUCUGGGAGAUGUGGCAACAGGGCACGCGCAGGUUUGCUGGUGCUGGUAUUUCUCCGCGGGUGCAGCGUUUGUGA